AUGAAUGAAAUUGUUUCUGUUAUAGCUGUGACUCAAAGGACUGUCACUGAUCCUGAUGUUACUACACCAGAAGAACAUACUGUCAUCACAUCAGAAGAACCUACUGUCACCACAUCAGAAAAACCCCUAACAACAGAAGAACCUACUGUCACCACAUCAGAAGAACCCCUAACAACAGAAAAACCUACUGUCACCACACCAGAAGAACCACUUACAACAGAAGAACCUGCUGCCACUACACCAGAGAAACCACUUACAACAGAAGAACCUACUAUCACUACACCAGAGAAAGAAACACUUACAACACAAGAACCUAUUGCCACUACACCAGAGAAACCACUUACAACACAAGAACCUACUGCCACUACACCAGAGAAGCCAUUUACAGCAGAAGAAUCUACUGCUACUACACCAGAGAAACCAUUUACAACACAAGAACCUAUUGCCACUACACCAGAGAAACCACUUACAACAGAAGAACCUACUGCCACUACACCAGAGGUGCCACUUACAACAGAAGAACCUACUGCCACUACACCAGAGAAACCAUUUACAACACAAGAACCUAUUGCCACUACACCAGAGAAACCACUUACAACAGAAGAAUCUACUGCUACUACACCAGAGGAGCCACUUACAACAGAAGAAGCUGUUGCCACUACACCAGAGCAUCCACUUACAACACAAGAAACUACUGUUACUACACCAGAAAAGCCACUUACAACACAAGAAACUACUGCUACUACACCAGAAAAGCCACUUACAACAGAAGAACCUACUGCCACUACACCAGAGCAGCCAAUUACAAUACAAGAACCUACUACCACUACACCAGAGAAGCCACUUACAACAGAAGAGCCUUCUGUUAUUACAACUGGUGCAACAUUGGCAACUAAAGAGUUUACAGUAACUACAUUAAAUGCUGUAGAAACAACUGAUGAUUCUGCUAUAACUACGACAGAUGAACUAAACACAACUGAAGAGUCUAUUAUCACAAUGUCAGAUGAGCCAAGUGCAACUGUAGAAUCGGGUAUCACUACAUCAGGUGAACAACAGACAACUACUGGUCUUGCUACAACUACAUCAGGUGAACCAAUUACAACAGAAGAAUCUGCUAUAACUACCUCAGGUGAACCAAGCACAACUGACAAAUCUACUGCCACUACAUCGGGUGAACCAGGCACAACUGAAGAACCUACUAUAACUACAUCAGGUGAAACAAGUACAUCUGAAGAAUCUGCUUUCACUACAUCAGGUGGACCUGGUGCAACUGAAGAACCUGCUAUAAGUACAUCAAGUGAAACAAGUACAACUGAAGAAUCUGCUUUCACUACAUCAGGUGGACCUGGUACAACUGAAGAAACUGCUAUAACUACCUUAGGUGAAACAGUUACAACUGAAGACUCUACUGUCACUACAUCGGAUGAACCAGUCACAACAGAAGAACGUAUUACUACUACAUCUGAUGAACCAAACACAACUGAAGAAUUUAUUUUCACUACAUCAAGUGAACCUGAGGUAACUGAUGAACAUACUGUGACCACCUUAUCAGGACAAGAAACAACGAUAGCUGGCUGCCUCGUCGAUGGCCGCCAUUUUGUUGAUGGAGACAUUGUUGAUUCGGAUGACCCGUGUCAGCAGUGCUACUGUAUUAAUAGCGAAAUUGUGUGUGCAACACAAGAAUGUAGGCCACCAAGAAAGGGCUGUAAACCUCUACCACCGAAAAAGGGACAAUGUUGCCCGGAUAAGUAUGAAUGUCCCGUGUUGAUAUAG